UCCCGCCCGCCCCUCCCCUCGCCGCCGCCGCCGCCAGCAUCUGGGACCGGCCGUUUCUGCACCUCCGUCCGGCGCUGCCCUUUGAUUCGGAUUUCCAUCUUGCAUUCUCCGGCGGACCGCGGGACCCGGCUCGUGCAGAGGAGGGGGGCCGAUCGCUAUGGAGUAUUUCAUGGUGCCCACUCAGAAGGUGCCCUCUUUGCAACAUUUCAGGAAAACAGAGAAAGAAGUGAUAGGAGGGCUCUGUAGCCUUGCCAACAUUCCACUGACCCCUGAGACUCAGCGGGACCAGGAGCGGCGGAUUCGGCGGGAGAUCGCCAACAGCAACGAGCGGAGGCGCAUGCAGAGCAUCAACGCGGGCUUCCAGUCCCUCAAGACCCUCAUCCCCCACACAGACGGAGAGAAGCUCAGCAAGGCAGCCAUUCUGCAGCAGACAGCAGAGUACAUCUUCUCCCUGGAGCAGGAGAAGACCAGGCUCUUGCAGCAGAACACACAGCUCAAGCGCUUCAUCCAGGAGCUGAGCGGCUCAUCCCCCAAGCGGCGGCGGGCAGAAGACAAGGACGAGGGCAUCGGGUCGCCAGACAUCUGGGAGGACGAGAAGGCGGAGGACCUGCGCCGGGAGAUGAUUGAGCUGAGACAGCAGCUGGACAAGGAGCGCUCGGUGCGCAUGAUGCUGGAAGAGCAGGUGCGCUCGCUGGAGGCCCACAUGUAUCCGGAAAAGCUCAAGGUGAUUGCACAGCAGGUGCAGCUGCAGCAGCAGCAGGAGCAGGUGAGGCUGCUGCACCAGGAGAAACUGGAGCGGGAACAGCAGCACCUGCGGACCCAGCUCCUGCCCCCUCCGGCCCCCACCCACCACCCCACAGUGAUCGUGCCGGCACCACCCCCUCCCUCCCACCACAUCAACGUUGUCACCAUGGGCCCCUCCUCAGUCAUCAACUCUGUUUCCACGUCCCGGCAGAACCUGGACACCAUUGUGCAGGCGAUCCAGCACAUCGAGGGCACCCAGGAAAGGCAGGAGCAAGAGGAGGAACAGCGGCGAGCGGUCAUCGUGAAGCCGGGCCGCGGCUGCCCUGAGGCCCAUGCCUCUGACACUGCCUCCGAUUCGGAGGCCUCGGACAGCGACGCCAUGGACCAGAGCCGGGAGGAGCCAGCAGGGCACGGGGGGCUUCCCUGACCACCCCCCAGCCCUCCUCUCCCUUCUUGGGGCUGGAGGGAGCCGGGGGGCAGCAACAGGGAGCAACGCAGGUGAACGAGUGAGGAAUUUUUACAAAAUUACGACGUCAUUUGGGUCUCUUUUAUGACCUCUUUUUCAAUACUGUAAAUCCACCUUUGAGCGAAGCCACCUGACCUGAGGUCCCGGGGGCUGGGGUGGCAGGAGUGUGUGGGAGCACCGGGACACCUGGGGCUGGGCCUUGCCCCUGAGGCUGGGGGAAGCCGACACAGGUGCCUGGCCUCUCUCCGCCAAAAAGCAUUUUUUCGUUUAAACAUGUUUUUAAGAACAGGGAAAAUCAAACAAAACCCCAAGGUAUUCUGCCCUCCCCAGAGCCAGCCCUAGACCGUCAGUUUUUGACUCCUUCCCUCCUCUUUUUGGUUUUUUUCCUUUCUCCUUUAAGCACUUACAUGGGUUGGGGGUCUGGCUGGGUCGGGGCUCUCUGGGGGCCCUGGGGGUUUACAAUGCUUCUCGGUUGGGGUUUGCUGCUGCCCUUCUCCCCUCCCCUCCCAGCCUCGGCUCAGCACGAGGAUUUGCCACUCCCCACCAUCACCCAGCCCCACCUCUCCCUCCAGGUUUCCCAUCUUCCACCCCAAAAAUGUCUUUGUCUCUAUCUUUUUGUUUUGUUUAUUGUUGGUUCUUUUUGGUUUUGGUUUUGUUUACCUUUUUGUUUUUUGUUUCUUGUUUUUUGGUUUUUUUUUUCUUUUUUGUUUUUUUGUUUUUGUUUUUUUUUUAAACAAUUUUGAGGUCUUUGUGUUCAAGGAGAAGCUAUUAUAUUUUGUUAAGAAAGUGGGGGGAAAAACCAAGAGGCCACCGUGCCUUUAUAAAGAAACAAA